AUGAGCUUCAUUCAACGUAUUGUGAAGCGGUUGCCCUCUACGCCGAAUCUACCCUUCGAUGACAGCUCACGCGAAAAGGCUCGGAAUUUUUCCAGAUUCGCUUUCCUGAAGCGCAGGAUACGAUUAAAGGGCAACUCGUCGAUUUCCAUACCCCUAGGCUUUGUUCUGUUAUUCCCGUGCCUUGUGAUUAUCCUCAUUUUACUCUUGUUCGUGCGACAUCCAGCCUCUCCUGGAGGGAUUCUCAUUCCGGCAGGCACUCCGCCCUCGAUCAGGAGAAUAAGUGAGAGAUAUGACAAGGUCUUUGCUACUGGCUGCUUGCCAGUUGAAGAGGUGCCCCCUGACUAUAAACGGGCAAAUGCUGCGUUUGUCGUCCUCGCCCGUAACAAGGAAUUGGAGGGUGUUGUUCAGUCACUCAAAUCCAUUGAGCGUCACUUCAAUCGCUGGUACCACUAUCCAUAUGUAUUCUUGAACGACGGCGACUUCGACGAUGACUUCAAGGCCACCGUCAAGAAUUACACGAGCGCCCCUGUGGAGUUUGGCAAGAUCGAUGAGACCAUGUGGGGUUUCCCUGACUGGGUUGACCACGAGGUUGCCAAGGAAGGUAUCAGAAAACAGGGAGAUGCUGCAAUUAUGUAUGGAGGCAUGGAAAGUUAUCAUCAUAUGUGCAGAUUCUAUUCCGGGUUUUUCUACAAGCAUCCCCUCCUCAUGAAGUACGAGUGGUACUGGCGUCUUGAACCGGAGAUCAAGUACUUCUGCGAUAUCACAUAUGACCCUUUUAUCAUGAUGGCCGAGUCUAAUAAGACUUACGGUUUCACUAUCGCCGUCAAAGAACUCCGCGAAACUGUACCCAACAUCUUCCGCUACGCGUCCGCCUAUAUGCGAAAGAAUAAUCUCAAGUCGAAGGGACUUUGGGAAAUGUUUCUUGAGAAGCCUGAAGAGGAAGAACCCAAGCCGGAAGAAGAGAAGAAGGACAAGCUUCCCGACGAGAUACUCCUUACCGAUCCGGGCGAGAAUGCGCUUCCUGAAGUUGAUCCAGAGGCUAUGGAGGGCGAGAAGUACAACAUGUGCCAUUUCUGGAGUAACUUCGAAAUCGCACGGCUGGAUUGGUUCCGCAGCAAAGAAUAUGAGGAUUUCUUUGAGAUGAUGGACAAGAGCGGGGGCUUCUGGAUGGAGAGAUGGGGUGAUGCGCCUAUCCACUCGCUAGCCGCUGGCGCUCUCUUAUCUCCCAGCGACAUCCACUACUUCCGUGAUUUUGGCUAUCGUCACACCACGAUCCAACACUGUCCUGCAAAUGCGCCUGCGCGACAACUGCCCCGAAUUCCAUAUCUGGAAAAGACCACGGUGGAUGAGAAGGCGCGAAUCGAAGAGGAUGAAUACUGGGCGACUUUUGACGCCGUCAAGGAGAACGGUGUUGGUUGCAGAUGCAGGUGUGAUACUGAUAUUGUGGAUGUUGAAGGCAAACAAGGCAGUUGUCUCGCCGAAUGGGUAGAAGUUGCUGGAGGAUGGGCAUCUCCAUAG